CGGGACACCAAUGUGUCACACUCAAAGUGUUCCGGGCUCAGGGUUUAGCUAGCAGACUUGUAUGUUAUGCUGGUGUAACACACAACACUGUGUGUUAUGUGUUUGUAGUGUCUGUGGUCACUGAGUAUCGCCUAAGCAUGUAGCAGCAGAUGAUCCUUGCCGCUGAGGCUGUCUGACUGACUGAUCCUCAUCAUCAUCAGCUGGUUGAACAACAGCUUCUGUGACUGACACUCAGCACAGCAGGAUGUCCGACACUGGGAACCAGUCCUGCCUGAUGGGAGCAGAGGAUGCCAUCUCCUUCCUUGUGUGUGUGUUUCAUGUGUGGGAGGAAUGGGCUGGCCUCGGUCAGGUGGAGGACUACCUGAGUGUUUUGGAGUACCUGCUGUGGGUCUUCACCCCUCUGGCCAUUGUCUUCAUCUUGCCCUUCCUUAUUGUCAUCCUCCUCUACCUCUCUAUACUCUUCCUUCAUGUGUACAAGAGAAAGAAUCAGUUGAGGGAGGCUUACUGCAACAACCUGUGGGAUGGAGCCAGGAAGACCCUGGCUAUUCUGUGGGAUGGACAUGGAGCUAUAUGGCAUGGCUAUGAAAUCUAUGGGAUGGAGAAGAUCCCUGACAAAGGACCAGCGCUGAUAGUGUACUAUCACGGAGCCAUUCCUAUCGACUACUACUACUUCCUGGCCAGUCUUAUCAUCCAGAAGGGACGAACCUGCCACUCUGUUGCUGACCAUUUUCUCUUCAAGGUCCCAGGUUUCAAGUUACUGUUGGAGGUGUUCAGUGUGAUCCAUGGUCCUCAGGAGGAGUGUGUGCGGGCUCUGAGGAGUGGUCACCUGUUGGGGAUCUCUCCAGGAGGAGUGCGGGAGGCUCUGUUCAGUGAUGAGACCUACCCUCUCCUGUGGGGCAAACGCAAAGGCUUCGCACAAGUUGCCAUUGACUCUAAAGUGCCAGUAAUUCCCAUGUUUACUCAAAAUUUGCGGGAAGGCUUCAGAUCUCUUGGAACACUCGGAGUUUUCCGCUGGGUGUAUGAGAGGUUUCGUUUCCCUGCAGCUCCUGUUUAUGGUGGAUUCCCUGUGAAGUUUCGGACCUUCCUUGGUGAUCCAAUCCCAUAUGACCCUAACAUAAACGCUGCAGAGCUGGCAGAGAAAGUGCAGCAGGCAGUCCAGUCUCUGAUAGACCAACACCAGCGGAUCCCAGGGAGCAUCCUGAGAGCCUUAUUGGAGAGAUUUCACACCAAGUACAAGUGUCAUUAACAGCAGCUGUACAACAACAGAGACGACCUGUCCAGUGUGUGACCAAAAUGCCAUGUCACAUUGGCUCACAUGACUACAUGGUGCAUAGGUUUGGUGGCUUGAUGUGUUGGGAUAUUUGCACAGGUCUAUGCACUGCCCUCAAACACUACAGACUGCAGCUGAGGUUCCUUUAACAUACAUGUUUCACAUGUGUUACAUGUUUCUUUUCUUCUUCUUCUGCUCAUUCCCAUGAUGAAUCUGUUUAAAGCUAGACUUCCUUAAGUUGGGAUAUUGGAAUAGACAUAUAUCGUACCUCAAAAUUAUAAAUGGAAAGAUCAUUUUUUACAUGGCUUUCUUUGGUUAUGAUAUUUUUGUCUUGAUUAUUUACAUCAGGAGCAAUUAAAUAUGGACUUCUCGACUGCAGUGAGCUGAAUGGUUCGUUAAACUUGGGUUUUGAUGUUUUUGGUCAUUUGAGCUGUUUGGAUUUCAAUACAUGGUAUUUAGGCAAUUUAUUUGUUAAAAAUACACUAAUCAUAUUUAGGACAACAAGCAUUUCAUAACAUCUAGUAAACUGUCCAAGCCUAUGAAUUGCAGUUACUAUGAAAACACUUGCUUGUAGUGCUAUGAGAGACCUUUUAUUUUUGCACAUUUUCAGUUUCAAUUGACUUAGAGAAAACAAUGCACUGUUUGCAAAACACAGAAAUUUCUAUCUGUGGGGCCGAGGAAUCAGGCUGCAGGGUUAGAUGAGAGUCUUAACUGAAAGACAAGACAGAGCUGAACCCAGUGCUUAAUGUUGUCCCACAAUUAAAAGGAUUUAUGGUUUUGUGAGGUUCAAGUAGUGUCAUAAUUGUUCCAGGAACAUACACUGACCUAAAGGAGUAUGACAACAGACUGUAGACGAGGUUACCUUGUGUCUUACACCUACAAUAGAAAACAACAAUUUUAAUAAUUAUACAGAUCAUAGUGUUAUGAUUACAUAAAUUCCAGUGGUUCCUAUUUUUCAGUUAAUGGUUAAGCUUUAUAUGUAAAAUACACCGACCUACGCUCUUCUAUGUAACUACCACAUCAUUACCUUAACUCUCAAAUGAGCAGGUAUUUACCAGCUGAACUGAACUUCAACUGUCCAGUUCCCUUUAUAAUAGUUUAGUUUAAUAGCUACAUACAAGUUGAGUGCUGUUCCCAGAAAAUAAAGGGAUCAUUAAAAUGAAAGAUUACCCAAGUAACCUUUAAAAAUAUGGGUGAAUUUUUUUCUUGUAGGCCUUCUUGUCACAAUAAAGUACCUUUUAACUGACUGAGUCGUGGUACACUGCCAGAGGAUCUUUUUCAAUACAUUAUCCUUUAUGUACAUAGAUGCUGGACAAAAUGAUCAGUACACAUGACACUGAAAUUCAAUCCAGUAAAACAAAAUAUAGCUACAGAGGUGUUGAUUCAUCUCUUGGUAGUUUGUGAAGGUGUAGUUUAUGUUUUAUGAAAUUAUAUUAGAUUAUAAGGUGUUUUUAUCAUGUUGUUCAUAGUUGCACAAAUAUCUGUUGUUUCCAGUAUAAUACAGCUUCAAAGUGAACCAAAUCACAACCAAAGGUACGAUUAUUUCUGUAUAGAAGAUACAUGGGAAUGCUUUAUUGUCAGCGAGCCGUCCAUUAGAUAAGAUAUUAUUUCUAAAAUGACAAGGUAUACAUAAAUCCAGAUUCUAUUCAAAUGCCUUUAAUAUUUAUUUUUGUUUUGCUACUGUUGCUAGCAGUGGCUCAGUAAAGACGUAACUAUUGAAGUUAAUGUUUGUUAGGACAUUGUGCUUUUUGCUGUUUCAUAUCAUUGUAAACUGAAUACAUGUUAUUGGACAAAACAAAUCAUUGGAAUGAACAUUUGACUUUACCACUCUUGGAACUUAUGAUUUGCAUUUAACCUAUUUUCACUUUAAUACCACUAAUCAAUGUAAAACAAUGUGUGCUGCGUUUUGGCCUUGAAAGAAACAUUCACUUGACUUCACUUGAGCUGUUUUUAAGAUAAAGAGCAGAUAAGUAAACUCAUCUGUAUUUGUAAAAUUGAUUCAUUUAGAGCACAUUACUAUUAAUAAGUAAACACAUGCCACUGCAUAUGAUCAGUUAUGCAAGAGUCCAACACAGAUGAAAAUAAUGUACGGGAAGGAAAAAGAAAUGAUCUGCAAAAAAGUCCUGAGCUGUAUAGAAAAUGAAACUAAAUGAUCGCUGUAGGUAAACUUGGUAUGAACUUUAGUUUAAUUUCAAUAUAUUUUGUUUGUGUGUGUGUGUGUGUGUGUGUGUGUGUGUGUGUGUGCCAGCAGGCAGGGGUCAGAGCAACCACUUACAGUAGGAGCCUUUCACCUUGCCAGCUGCUAUCAGUGAAGGCUCCUAACACUUUCAGUAUCCCCUCUCAAAACACAUCACAUAUCUUCUCACUGUCAUUUUUGCUAUUUCAGUUCAAACACACUUUUUUCCCCAAACAUACUGAUCUAUUUUAUCAGCAGUAACAUAAUCAAUUUGUUUAAAUUUUGAUUGUCCAGUUGUAUACAGACCUAUUUGCAUGUAUGACUAUGUAAUUAUUGUGAUUCAACCAGUGGUUUUGCACACAUAGUCUUCAAAGUCAAAAUAUCAAUGCCAACUCAGAUUUUGACAUUUUUAAAGAAGCCUUUGUGAGACCAGUUAUGUGAUUGGUAACGUGGUGUUUGACUGAUGCUUCUAUUAACUCGUUGCCUUUUUCAUAUUUAUGUUUUUAGUUUUUAUCUAAGAUGUAUUUUUGAAUUAUGUUAAUAAAAUAUAAAUGGUGCACUUUUAAUAUUGAGAUCGACCGCAUCCUAUUAAUAAAUCUAUUUUAUUAAAAU